AUGGGUCGGAAUAAGGGUUAUUAUUUUAUUAGUAAUUUCGAAAAAGAGGUAGAAGAGUUUACGGAUAAAUUAUUAAAGAUAUUUAUUAACGGUAGCUUAGUAAAUAAUAAGACCCGUAAGUAUUUAUAUUUGGAGAAAUACGGGGCCGUAGAGGACGAAAAGGAAGCGGCUAUUAAAAAGAGCGCCUUUAAAGUACCUUCCUAUGAAGUUACUAAGCCUAUCGAUAUUGAAACUAUUUUUUCUAAAUUAAAGAAUAUCGGUAAGAAGUUCUUUUCGAUUUUCAACAUAGAUCUACGAGGUAUACACGCAGUACAUCCGGUGCUAAAACGGCUACCGACAGCCGACCAGCCCGUACACCCAAUUAGAAGUACUUUCGAGUACUCCCAAUGCCUUACUACCCGGGUUUUUAUAAGAGAAAACGAUUAA